AUGGGCACUGAUACUUUGAGUCCUGUUAGAGAUAAUCAUACAAAACGUAAAUUAGUGGAUCACUGCUGUCCAGAAUUCGCCUUUAAACCUGUGGCAUUCACUCGAAAAAUCGAUGUUGGGUCUCCACCUAAGGCUGGGGCUUUCAUGCACAGAUUGCUAAAAUGUGAUACUCAGUUUAAAAUUUUUUAUAAUCGAGGUGACUUUCCUAUCGCUUUGGAGCAUGAUAGCAAAGGCAACAAAAUUGCAUGGAAAGUGGAAAUCGAAAAGCUGGAUUACCAUCAUUAUUUGCCACUAUUUUUUGAAGGUCUAGCAGAAACCGAACAUCCAUAUGAAUUCUUUGCAAGGCAAGGUGUCCACGACUUACUUGAACACGGAGGAAACAAAAUCCUUCCUGUCAUACCACAACUUAUCAUCCCAAUAAAGUCUGCUCUCAACUUACGUCAGCACAAAGUUUGCUGUACUGUCCUCAAAGCCAUUCAACAUCUAGUCGUUUCUGGUGAAAUGAUUGGCGAAGCCCUUGUACCAUACUACAGACAACUGUUACCAGUCAUGAAUACAUUUAUAAAUAAAAACAAGAAUUUGGGCGAUGGAAUUGAUUAUAGCCAACAAAAACGUGAGAAUCUGGGUGAUUUAGUUCACGAAACUUUGGAAAUACUUGAAAUGCAUGGGGGAGAAAAUGCUUUCAUAAAUAUAAAAUAUAUGGUCCCGACUUAUGAAUCGUGCAUGCUUCAGUAA